ACAAACACUUUCGCUCUAUUUUGAGCCCAACCAGCUGGCAAAGGCCCCUUCAGUUUCAGUGUGCUUUAGUCGCUCAGUGGAAUCGGAUCCCUUCUCGUUUAGUUCGCUCGCUCGUUUCGUCGUGACCGUCGCAUUGAAGUUUCCGUAAACUGUAAGUUGUGAAGACGUGCCCUAGAAGAGAGAAAUUUGUGCGUUCGUCGAUCGAACCGGAACAAGUUUGCAAAUUUUCCGGCUACCGGACCAGUGAAAGCAAAAAAAAACACACAAUGGACAAUAAAGGCCAACCUUACCCGGCGCACGCACCCGGAUUCAUUCCCGUUCCGAACCAGCCACCGCCACAGCACCCGACCGGUUAUCCACAUCCACCUCCUCAGCAGAGCUAUUGCCCACCCUCCGCCUCCACCGCCUUACGAUGCGAACGCCAACAUGAUUCCACCGACCGGUGCCCAUCCACAGACCACCUAUGUGCACACAAUUGUCGCAGCACCUCAGGUAGGCCCCGAUCCGGCUUCAAUAACCUGUCCUUCCUGCCAGAAACACAUCGUAACCAGACUGGAUUAUGAAACGUCGACCAAAACUCACAUCUUCGCUGGACUGCUGUGCCUUUUCAUCUGCUGGCCCUGCUUCUGGAUUCCGUACGUGAUAGAUUCGUGCAAGAAUGCCAACCACUACUGCCCCAACUGUGGAGCCUACAUUGGAACCUACCGGGGAUAAUUUUUGCAACGGCCAAAACGACGACUGAUCAACUGUUGGCAGGAAAGUGUUGCAGACUAGAAACAAUAAAUAAUCGGUGACGUUGGAGUAUGUGCAAUCGAGCGGACUGAGAAGUUGCAUGCUGCUGCAAAAGGAGCAAGAUAGAGGAAUGCAUUUAGCGAGAAAAGUUUACGAGAUCGAGAAGCUGAGCAAUAGAAUGAAAAUGUUGCUAUCAAAACGUCUAGUAUGAAACUUUCAAUCAAACCGUAACCAAACAAAUUCAUUUUUGUAGAAAUAAGCCACUUGAAAGCUGUGUUAUGUAUUAUACAAAUGAUUUGGUGAAUAAAUUGCCAUAUAUAUGUGUA